AUGUAUUUGUUUAAUGGAAUACAAAAACCUGAUGUUAUUAUAACUGACAGAGAACUUGCUCUUAUGAAUGCUCUUAGUAUAAUCUUCUCUGAUUUAAAAAAUUUGCUUUGUGUAUGGCAUAUUAGCAAAAACAUCUUAAAAAAUUGUAAAGUUUCAACCUAUGCUUUAAAAAAAAUCAAUGAGCAAUAUCAAAGAGUAAAACUUGUUACUCUACAAGAACCUCUACUACUAUGUAGUAGAUCUUUUUCAAAAACAAUGGAGCUACCUUCUUCUGAAAUUAAGGAAGAUGUUUCUUAUUCUGAAGACCCAUUUCUCUUACAAAAUUUACAGCAAAGGUAUCAAGAAUAG